AUGGUCUAUACCGAAUGUGGACAUUUGAUAAGACCAUGUGAGGUGACAAGUGCUCCGAAGUGUGUGAAGGUGGCAGAUAUGCCAAAAAGGUGUUUAGCGUGUAGAGGUCCAGAGGGUGAACUUAAGACUGAGGUGGAGAUGUUAUUAAAGCGGGCCGAGGCGGAGCAAAGAGCUUUGAGAGCGAUGAAGCUGCAUUUUCCAGGCGUUUGGGGUGAGAUGUGUAGAGAGACCGUGCGGACUGUGGGGAAUAGAGUGGAGGAGUCAAAGGAAGUGUUGAAGCGAGAUAUUGAACGGCUCUGCCGGAAAUAUGAGGAGAGUGGAAAUAGGGAGCAAUGGUGA